AUGCGAAGAAGGAGCAAACAAUGUGCAGAUCGGACGGUAUUGGGAAGCAUGAAGAUAUAUACCUUGUCGGAGCUGCAGCCGCCGUGUCCAGCAUCCAUUACACGGCUUGCGAAAGCAGUCAUUGGCGAGAAUUCGCUGCCCUGGAAACUUCAUCCGGCUUGCUUUCUGCAAUGCAUGGACUCUUUCUGUCUUCUCACCUUGACGACUGCUCGGGACCGGGUCUGCAGGAAGUGUUCCGCCGCGAGGCCGUGGAGCAGCUCGGGAUCCUGUCAGCCUGGCCCUAAGUUGGCGACGAUGAAUGGCGGGCUCUUCGCAAGCAUAACCAGAACGGUAUUGCGAAAGCCGCGAAGAUGCAUAUGCAUAUGGCAGACGGAUAUGAGCAGUCACAUUGUGUGCCCGCCGCCCAAGACCAAAGACCAAGGAGCAUUUGCGUCGAGUUUGACGCAUCCACGAGAAAGCCCCAGCCGACGAAAUCCACCUCGUCUUUUCUUUUUCUGCCGUUCGUGUCCCGCGACGUGCCUUUUCUCGCGGGAUAUGAUGGAGGUGGUUGGCAGACGCAGUGGGGAUCCGCUUCCUGUCAUUUUCGACGUCCACCAUCAUUUUGUGACAGGGCUGGGUGGCGCCGUGGACUCCAACGACCGUUUACAAACCGGCCGAGUGGCCGAGAGACAUGCUGACGAACAACGUCUUGAGUGCAGUUGGAUGCCGACGACGAAUCUCAGGCUGGCUUUGGACGUUGACGAGUGGCGGCGGCGGCGGCAGCGAGUGACACCAGGUUGGUUAGACGAGCGUUGA